CUAGGAUGAGCUUGUCUAGUCCCGAAAUGGCGUCUGAGUGCUCCGCCUCCCUGAAACGCCUCACACCGGCCCCCAGCAAAAGACCGCCGGGGGCCGUCUCCUCCAUCUACCCAUUCUCCCUCACUCCAGACUUCACACUCAACAAACCACUCGCUAUCUCUAUAACCAUCGUUCGACUCCAAUACACGCCCCUUCUUCGACCCCGAAUCAAGUACAACCUGAGCGGAGCCUACGGACUCAGCCACACAUUUCGGCAAAACCGGGCCCAUAAACGAGCUGACGCGUUCUUCUGAAGCCUGCUAACCGCCUUGGUUCCAUCCCAACACCGUACCCCAAAGAACGUCUCUGCCUGCCUCAGGGCAUUACCACAGCUUCCCAGAACCCUCCCACACAUACGCAACUAUGGCUACCGCCGUGCAGCCUGCCAUGAUCAUUGCUCCCGCCUUCAACCCUCAUAUCAACCACUGCCAGGACCCUGACCAGGAGUUCUUCGACUUCAGCCAGCUGCCUUCGCCCACACAGCAGCCCAGACUCAAGCGUGAGUCCAUCGCAGUAUCAAACAUUGCUAGCCCGACCAGCACCACCAUCGAGGAGGAACUGCAAGAGGCUGCGAAACCCAGCCACGAGUAUGAGCGCUUCAAGCAGCAGACUGGUAUUCCCGCUGGCUCUAUCGCUUGUCUGAACGCCGGCUUCAACUCUGGCUACCCCGUCUUCUCGUCAUCAGGACUUGACAUGAUGGGCAACGACUCGAUGAUGGAAGGAUGGAACAGCGGCAUUGGCAUGGACAUAAACAUGGCCAUGGACUACGCGCCAAACAACUAUAUGUCUUACAAGAACGACCAAGACGACUUCGUCGACCCCAGCGCGAUCCAGCAAGAGGAGGUCCCAGCCGUCAGGCUCUACCCUGGAAUGCAUCAGCAGCAGGCUGCUCUUGCCAAGGCACAGCAACAGGCGCAGCAAGCGGCGCAACAGCAACGCCAACAGCAGCAGAUCGCACACCAGAGGCAGCAGGCCCAGUUGCACGCUCAGCAGCAGCAGCGUCCUGCAUCGCGCAAGAUAUCGAGCCCUCUCAGUGAUGAGCGCACCGAGGCGACCAUCCAGCGUGUUGUUGCCCAGAUCCGCGCAGACAGCCAGAAUGCUGCUCUCGCAUCACAGGACCCUAACGGUAACGUCCUGCCUCACAUUAUUCGUGCCAAGAAGGAUGAGGACGACAUGGAUGAGGACGAGCGUCUGCUCGCUUCUGAGGAAGGAAAGAAGCUGUCUAGCAAGGAACGCCGUCAGCUCCGCAACAAGGUCUCUGCCCGUGCUUUCCGCUCGAGGAGGAAGGAGUACAUUGGCCAGCUCGAGGGUGAGGUCGCCGUGAAGGUUCAGGAGGCUAAUGAGCUCCGCAACCAGAACAAUGCUUUGAUGGAGGAGAGCCGCCGCCAGCAGGCUUUCAUUGAGCGCCUGCUUAGGCACCAGGCCUUCAACCCCUUUCUUGAGGAGCUCGUCAAGGAGCAGCAAGACAUGUCUGCCCCGGCUCCCCUCGCUUCCAUGCCUUCCAGCUCGACCCCUGCGGCACCUGCCCCGGUCCCAGCUCCUGCCCAGUUCCAGUUCUCCCAGCCCGAGAACACCCAUGUUGGCAUGACCAUGAUCCCUGAGACUCAGCUCGACUUCUCGAUGCUGAACAUCAACAACAAUGCCAACUGGAAUAUGGGCAACGGCUUCAACGGCUACCAGCCUCAGGGCCCCCGUGUCUUUGCUGUUACCGAGCUCCCUGAGGGCCCCGCCAAUCCCCUUGAUAUCUCCGCCAUGUCUGGCAAGGGCCUCAGCACCAUCUUCGCUGUCGAGAACGAGGCCUCCGCUGAGGAGCUCAAGGCUGAUUACCCUAUCAUCGAGCGCCCUGUCCAGUCUGAGCAGACCUUUAUGGCCCCCAUCGAGGAGGCUGAUGCUGAGGAUGAGGAGUACGAUCUCUAUCGCUCUUCCCCCGCCCCAACUGCCGCCCCAACUGCACCUGUUGAGCUUACUUUCACCAUGGAGAAGGCCAGCCGCUACACAUUAGUCGUGUCUGACGAGGCUUCCGAGGCCAUUUUGGCAGAGCGCCUGGAGAAGAAGAUUGCUGCCAUGGAGUCCGCAUUCCAAAGGAUUGCAGCCAUUACAACGAUGCUUGACUACUAGUCGUUGUCCCGUAUCAUUGUUUUGCCCUGCUUAUCCUUGCGUUCUUGUGCCACUUUAGCGAAUCCUUUUCUUGACCACAGUGCUGGCGAGACAACCUUCCCUCUUAGACUGCUUGCAUGACUUACGAUUUCCUUUGUCGACAUAUACCAUGCCGUGCCUAUUGUGGGCCGCUGGCAGCUGGCGUUGAUUUCUGAUUUAAUAUUUCCUUGGUCUGGGUGCUACUGCCGCCCGUUGUGGGUGGCUGAGCUUGGUUUCGGACGGAGUUCAUUACUUCAAUUGUAAAUAUACAUUGGACUGGCGUUGUGCAAAAGCGCAGGCUGGUUCGAUUAGGCUGGAUUAAUCAGUAACAUAUCUACCUGCUGUGCCAA